CGAACGCGGGACGCCAUUGCAGCUUCGCUAGAAUUUAAUGACCGUAUCAUCGACACUUUACGCGCACAGUGCCUCCUCGCAACAUGGUACCUGAAAAUGGGCCGUACUCUCGAAGGCUACAAUGUCAUUUGCUCCAUGGCGCGGUUCGCGGUGGGCUGCGAACUGAAUCGAAUUGUCAGCCCCGUCUGGAAGCUCGUCGAUGGCAACAAUCCGUCUGAUCCGAAUUCAUCCCUUAACGUUUCAAAGGACCUCAGGAGGGUCACCAGUCAUAUCGGGCUGGGAGUUGGUCUUCCCAGUUUGGCGGCCACAGCCGCUGCAGCAUCGAGUUCAACCACCAACGGUCCACUGUUAGAUCGAGAAGGCAAUGUGGAUGUCUUCCAGAGCAUCAUGUCUUCGAAUCUCACCAAUCCGCGCAAGAUUUCUCUAGGUUUUGGGACUGCUGAUCCUGGGUCAGCUAUGGCAAUGUCCAGUUCAUCUUCAUAUCAUAUGGCGGCCGCUGCUGCUGCGGCGAACGGGCGACGGCUGAACGAGAGCAGCAACAGCUCGAUGGUAAAGGUCAACCCUAUAUUGGAUGCUCCGCGGAAUAGCAAGGAUUUGGGAGAUCGGAUCCUGCUGUUUUGGAGAAUCUUUAACAUGGACCGGUUCUGGAGUGUGGUGUGUGGGCUGCAGCCUGCGCUCAGCGAAGACGAG